CCCAAACCAACGAGCGUCGAGCACGAGUCCCUCACGCAUCACCUUCGUCCGAGAGUUGGCUGACCUUCUCCGUCUGUGGAUACUUGGAGCACACCUGGAAGGCCAUGUUUGAAAAGGAGUCAGGGCAAGAGCUGGACCAGUCGACGGUGACGGUGAUGCCUUCCAACACGUACUCGGCGGCCAUCAUGGAGGAGAGCAACAACAUGACGGCGACUGCGGCUGUGAAUGGAGACAAAGCUCCAGCAGAUGGUCUCUCAGAGGGCGACAGCGGCGUGGAACUCACCAGCGAAAGCAGUCCGCUGACCGGAGCAGAGCCGCCUUCGCCAUUUAGCCCCAAACAGAAUGGAGGCGCCACUUCACCUCAAGAGGAUAACCAGUGUUUGAGGGGAUGCAGGAAGCGGAGCAGGAAACGGUCUGAGGAGGAGGAGAGCGCCUGGGACAGCUACACAGAGGAAAAGUCCUUGCGGCAGACGCCUCAACCCCGAACCAUCUUCCAGGCUGGUCUGACCGCGCACACAAACGCUAAGCCACGCAGACAGAACCGCAAGCAGGAGCACAUCACAGUAGCGGUAAAAACGUGUGGCCGAGGUCCGGCGGCGGUCUUGGCCAUGUCCAAGGGCGUCCUCGAGGCCCCUCGUCUGGAUCUGAUCGAGCAGGACUCCAAAGAUUCGGCUCAGAGUAGCAGCACCUCGUCCAGCGUGGAGAAGCUGCAAGAGUACAAUGACAACAAAGGUUUCGGCAUUGGCGAGCUGGUGUGGGGAAAAAUCAAGGGGUUUUCCUGGUGGCCUGGGAUCGUCGUGACAUGGAGAGCAACUGGAAAGCGACAGGCCACACACGGGAUGAGGUGGCUGCAGUGGUUUGGAGACGGCAAGUUCUCAGAGGUGUCUGCAGACAAGCUGGACUCCAUCACCGCCUUCGAGAAGUUCUUCAACCAGGCAUCCUACACCAAACUGGCCUCCUACCGCAGGGCCAUCUUCCAGGCGCUGGAGAUCGCCAGUAUCCGGGCAGAAAAGACGUUCCCUCAGAGCGAGUCUGAGAAUCCAGAGGACCAGGUUAAACCAAUGCUGGACUGGGCAAACGGCGGCUUCUUGCCCAAAGGAGAGGAGGGUCUCAAACCGACGCAGAACGGCGACGGCAAGGCUCUGGACCAAGUCCUGGACGUUGCUGUGCCCGAGUACUUCCCGAGUGCCAAGCGCCCUCGAGUCAGCACCAGCAAGAACAAGGCGGGACCGGAGGAGUCCUACAGCAGAGAACAAAUGGUGAAUGAAGUUCUGAAAAACAAAAGAAGUAUAGAAGAGUUCUGCCUCUCAUGUGGCAAGAUGAGAGUGGUGACUUUCCAUCCGCUGUUUGAAGGAGGCCUGUGCCAAACCUGCAAGGACGUGUACCUGGAGAUGUCCUACAUGUACGACGACGACGGUUACCAGUCGUACUGCACCAUUUGCUGCGGCGGACGGGAGGUUCUGCUCUGUGGCAACGCAAACUGCUGCAGGUGUUUCUGUGUGGACUGCCUGGACAUUCUGGUGGAUCCUGGAGCGUCCAACAAUGCCCGGUUCCUGGAUCCAUGGCGGUGCUACAUGUGCCAGCCGCUGCUUCAGUACGGUGUCCUGAAGCAGCGGCACAACUGGAGCUUCAAGCUGCAGGAGUUUUUCGGCAACGACAAUGGACAGGAGUUUGAGAAGCCAAAGAUUUACCCAGCAGUCCCAGCAGAGCAGAGGCGACCCAUCAGAGUCCUCUCCUUGUUCGACGGCAUCGCUACUGGGUAUCUAGUUUUAAGGGACCUGGGCUUUAAGCUGGACCAGUAUGUAGCAUCAGAAGUGUGCGAAGACUCCAUCUCUGUGGGCGUUGUAAGACAUGAAGGAAAGAUCCAGUACGUCCAUGAUGUCCGGAACAUCACCAAGAAAAAUAUCCAAGAGUGGGGUCCAUUCGAUCUGGUGAUCGGAGGGAGUCCCUGUAACGACUUGUCCAUAGUGAACCCGGCAAGAAAAGGCCUUUACGAAGGGACAGGAAGGUUAUUCUUCGAGUUUUACCGCCUGCUGAGCGAAGCCAAACCCAAAGAAGGAGAGAACCGGCCCUUCUUUUGGAUGUUUGAGAACGUCGUGGCGAUGGGCGUCAAUGACAAGAGGGACAUCUCGCGCUUUCUGGAGUGCAACCCUGUGAUGAUCGACGCCAUCGAGGUCUCCGCUGCUCACCGUGCCAGAUACUUUUGGGGAAACCUGCCCGGCAUGAACAGACCUCUCUGUGCAUCUGGGAUGGACAAGCUGGAGCUGCAGGACUGUUUGGAACAUGGCCGGGUGGCGAAGUUUGGGAAGGUGCGCACCAUCACCACUCGCUCCAACUCCAUCAAACAAGGGAAGGACCAGCACUUCCCCGUCAUGAUGAACGGGAAGGAGGACAUCCUGUGGUGCACAGAGCUGGAGAGGAUUUUCGGCUUCCCCGUCCAUUACACUGACGUGUCCAACAUGGGUCGCGGUGCGAGGCAGAGGCUUCUGGGCCGGUCCUGGAGCGUCCCCGUCAUUCGACAUUUGUUCGCACCACUCAAAGACUACUUUGCCUGUGAAUAGACUUCAGCGGUCACCGGUCACUGUGUCAGACAAGUUGCCAAAAAAACAACAACACGUGUUUACAGCCUGUUUACUGUAUACAGUAUUCUGCUCCAUGCACUACGACCUAAAAAAAAAGAAUCACACAGACACACACGAAUGCAGUAUCCAAGACUCUGUGUAAUACUAAAAUCAAGUUUGCAGCUGUUUUUCUAGAAUGUUUUUGGUAGUCAUCUAGAGUUGCUAAUGCUGCUGACACAAACACCAGCAAGUUCCUUUGAACCAAAGUCUCAGCGGUUCGGAGCGGUUUAGUUUUGCUCCAAAAGACGACAGCGUCGUUUGUUCAAACACCAGCUCUGGGUCUUGAAUUUUUAUCUGAAACAGGUUACGGCAAACACUGGGAAGCCACCGACUGGGUGGAAAUGGCAGCAUAUUUUACCUCGUUUUAUUGGUUUGUUGCAUAGAAAUACGUAGUUGUGAGGACUAGUUCUAGCUUUUAGAAAGUUGUACACGAUUCUACAACGUGUUUAAAUGUUCUUCAAAAGGCAUUCAAUACUUGAAACCUUUGUUGUUGGUUUUUUUUCCGGUUGAUUCCAGACUGUUCAGAAGGUAUUUCACUCCAAUACUAACCAGAUCGGGAUCUGAAAAGUUUCAUUUGGAACUAGAAGCACUGACUUAGAUGGCUCAUUCAACAUUAGCGGAUCCUGUUUAUUUAAUUCUAUUUAAAGUUGCUGGAUCCGGUCGGAACACUGGGAUGAUGUGUGAUCCAACCAAACAACAACUCGCCCUGAAAACUGGAAGAUUUGGACGUUUCUUUACCUCAAACUUGCUUGGUGCUCAUAGUUCUACUUUUAUACGUUUUGUACUGUACUGAAGAGAAAGUUUACAAAUGUCCGUCUCAUGUUGGAGGAUAUUAAACAAAGAAAAGUUGGUGCGACGCCACCGACGGCUGUGGCAUCAUGAAAGCCAACAGCUUGUUUACACUGUAACGCGGAUGAUGUUGGUUCCAGUUUCAUCUUGAUUUUGUAAACUUCACUUUUUAUUUGAAAACAAAUCAGGAGCAUAUUCAGAAUCAGCAGUGUUGACCAGUCCAACACCUGCUCACCAAGACUGCCUUCCUCCGGGGCUUUAUGUGCCACUGUUUCAAUCGUUGGUGCUUCGACUUUUAUCAGAAUUGAGACUUUGAUUGUCACACCAUUAUGGCCAAAAACUUUAAAAACUGUGCGUCUCCUCGUUCUAUUGUUUGACUGUUUGUUUGAAAAAGUAGCUUUGUAGGUUGUGUAUUUCCAGUAGACUUUUGUACAUAUGACACACUCAAUAAAGCCUAGACUUGGACUGGUGUGUGGUGUCUGUGUCUACCUGCGAUGGGCUGCAGACAUGUGGCGCUCCUGCACACAGGGGUCGAGCUCAGCACGGCCUCUUGUGUUAUUCGGAUUGGGAACAUCCAGACAGAGCAGAAACAUGAUGAGGCUAAGUGGGUCAGACUCGGCUGGCAUUUUCCUUGAGCUCUGCCAACACGGAGGAUCUCACCAGCAUGUCGAGCAAACUGGAACACUGUGAAUAUGGAAACACAAGGCAUUCAAGAAGGUUUUGCUCACUUCAUUUGUCGCC